ACCCAAUGCAAUCCCGCUUCCACCUCCUCCGUCCUCUUCACUCUCCCCCAUCCCAGUCAGUCCUCUCCAUGACCUCCGCCGCGGCCGCCUCCCCGGACCCCAUGGUGGCGUAAUUUCUGCCGCCAAUUCCCUUGCCUCCAGACUUCAAAUCCCCACCACCAUCGAACCUCCCCAACCCGGCAAAUCCUAAAUCCAAUAUAGGCUAACCCUAGCCGCCCAUCCGCCCGCCAUGAAGGCGUCGAUCAAGUUCCGCGACGACGACCGACCGCUGCUGCGCGCCAAGGUGCCGAUUGGCGUGCUGGGGCUGCCCUUCCUCUCGGGCCUCGCGGCGGGGGGAGACGCCAAGGACCUCCGCUUCGACCUCUCCACCGCCUUCUCCUCUGGCCCGGCGCUCCGCCUCUCAUACCGCCCCAACGAACCCCUCCAGCCUUUCGCCCUCUCCGUCCGCACGGGGCUGGGGCCGCUGGGGUCCCCUGCCCGCGCCCCAUUCGCCCUCGCCGCCGAAUUCAACCUCACCUCCUCCAACCCGCCCGCCUUCUCGCUCCUCUUCAAGCCCCGGAUCGGGGACUUCGCCGUCGCCAGCUCCGUCCGCUCCCCGCCGACACCGCCGCCCACAUCCACUCCGCCCCCGCUAGCGAUCAAGAUGGUCGACCUCACCACCAACGGCGACGACCACGACUGCGAAGCACACGGUAACGGCUUCUCCUUUAACGGGAAUGUAUUGGGGGCGAACGUGGCGGCCGUCACCGGGACGGACGGCGGCGGCGGCGGCGUAGGCGCGCUGCUGUCCGGGAUGCGGCUCACGACCAGGAGCAUGCUGCCACUGUGGAGUAAAGCGAGCCUGCGGUUCCAGUGGGGGCUGCGUGUGCCGCCGGAGAUCAAGGCCACGCUUGCAGACAACGGGUACGGGCGCAAGGCUGGGAGCCUCGCCAUCAGCAAGCUGCCGCUGCUGGUGAUGAACAAGAUCACCAUCGAGCACACGCCCAAGGUGCCUUCACAGUCUGAAACGGACAAGAAGAGGAAGAAAGAUACACCACCGGCAGCCAAGGAUGAAGAGUUGUCAUUCAUGAAGAGGCAACUGGAUAAGCUGAAUGUGGAGAACACAAUGCUGCGUCGUGCAGUUGAGGACUUGCGUGCAGAGAUUGGAGCCGGCAAAGGCGAUGAUCGUAAGCUGCCAACAGCAGUGCCACCUCAACAACAUUCUUUAGUGUCGAAACCAGAUCGCCAUUUCCACAUCAAUGCGAAGGAAUUGGUAGACAGUGGGACGAAACCGGCCUCAAAUGAAGCAAGUGAGGAGUUGAAGAAGGUGCUUGAGGGCCGGCGGAAGUAAGAAGCACCUAGCUAGGGCUUGCUGUUAUUGCAAGCCCUACAUUAUGACAUAGCUGCUGACUGCUGUGUCAGGUUUUGUGGUUAAUAAUAAUACUUCCUCGCUGGAGAAGAUUGCUAAGGUCAGUUUAGCCCCUCGCUGGAGAAGAUUGCAAGUGAGGUUGCCAUUCGCCAUAGGUGUGGUAGUAAUUUUGCCUCAAUUCUAUUUUCAUUGCUUGUCUUAGGAUAUUCUGUUCUGUAUAAAUUUUCAUCUUUUGAUCUAAAAUGAAUGAAGGAUUAGUUUUUUCAACAGCCCCCUUCGAAGGAUGUGGUAUUAAUCUCAGUGAAAUUUUGGUAUGUGCAAUUAUUCCUUUGAAUCAAGUGUUGAGCAUUGGUGACGCUCCCAAGUUGCCUAUAUCUUAACAAGCGGCUUGGCUGAUUAUUAAGAUAUAGACAACUGAAGUGUGAACUGGGAAAGUAGGUCUGGAAUAACCCCAAUAACUCUGAAUUGUUUGAGUAUCCUUUUGUAAUUCCUAUGUUAAUUUAGGGCUCAGAGCGACGAUCGAUGUUGGAUUCGGCACAAACAUGUACAAGCUGAAACGGUUCCUCCACCAGAUCAAUAAACCCCAAAAGAUAGGCCGCGAACUAGGGCUUCUUUUGCAAGAAACUUGUUUCUCACACACUCACACAAGCUCGCGGUCUGUCUCCAACAACACCCUGUAAAAGGGUCUUGUUCGCUAAAUUUAGCGGAUGAUGUCAUCCUGUACGCCUCCAGCAAUGCACGCCAAAAGGAGCCCUAAAUUUUGCCAUAUGUGAAAGAGACGCUAAAUGUGGUGGAUCUCGGGCGUCCGCUACACGCUGGCUGCUUCUCUCUCCCACGGCAGCGCGGAACCUUCCCUCUCGUUCUCCCUUCUUGUCACAAUUGUCUCCCUACGCUGCCUGUUUGUUCCCAGUGUGCUUUGUUGGACUUGGACGCGAAGCUGGGCUCUAUACGGCCAAAGUCGGGCGGUUCCGGCGGCGGACCGCUCAUCUCAGGUGGAAUCCUUGCAAAACCCAAGCCAGUGGCGGAGGUCCUCGCGAGCGCAAGCCAGCAGCAACGACCAACUCCAUCGACCAUUUGUCCUCCAAACUCGGUGUCGAGAAAAGGAAUCAAAGCCCGGCGCUGCUGUCGUCUAGGGCUGGAAAAAAAGCUCGAGCUCGACGAACUGGCUCGGGCUCGCAGCAGCUCGGCUCGGACCAGCUCGACGCUCAGAACGAGCCCGAGCCAAGCCUGUUUUUGUGGCUCGUGAAAAGAGCGAGUCAACUCGGCUCAACUCGCUGUAGCUCGUUAGCUGGCUCGUGGCUUGACCCAACAACAAUUUGUUACAUAAAAUUCUAAUUAGCAUAUAAUAUUACUACCGAGUAGACAAUUAAUUUAUGUUAUUUGAGAUUGCUACACAAAAUUAAUCUAUUUUCUAUAUUAUAUUAGCGAUAUCUAUUUUACUAAUAUAAAAUUUGUUAUUUAAAGUAUUUUAAAGAUUUUGUAUUAUAAUUUAGAGAGCAGAUCUACGUUUAUGGCUAGGAUUGUUGGCUCGGCGAGCCGGCUCGCGAGCCAGAAGCAAGCCGAGCCGCUUUUUCAAGCUCGCCAGAUGGGCGAGCCGAGCUCGGCUCGUCUCGUUUCCACCCCUACUGUUGUCUUCGUCCUCGAUUCGGUCGACGGUCCCGAAUCCAAGCCGACGAUGGUGAAUGAAGCAUCCUCCUUAACCUGUUCCGUUUGAUUUCUCUGUUUUCCCCAGAUUUGUUCAUAGAAUAACCCUUGGUUCAGGGGAUCUUAGUCUAUCGUUCCUUUCUUGCUUGCAAUGGGUUAGGAGUGUUUUAAUGAUUAAUUUGUCAUUUACUAAACAAACUUCAGAUACGUAUUUCUCUGUUUUCCCCAGAUUUGUUCAUAGAAUAACCCUUGGUUCAGGGGAUCUUAGUCUAUCGUUCCUUUCUUGCUUGCAAUGGGUUAGGAGUGUUUUAAUGAUUAAUUUGUCAUUUACUAAACAAACUUCAGAUACGUAGCUUUUGGUCCCAUGCCGGGCACCGUGAAGGAAUUCCCUUUUUGUGCUAAUAUAAAACUAGGGUAUGUCCUCUCAUUUCUGCGUCAAUUUGAGGAGUACGUACAUAUUAUUAUCAUUGAUUCUUUCAUUGACAUAGAAUAAGCCACAUUAUGUCCCUUUUUCUACAUUGAAUGUUCAUCUGUGCGCAAGGCCUUUAUGUCUUCCAUCUGCAUGAGUACAAUGAAGAAAUUUUGGCCAAAAAUGUGCUUGCAUGCAUAUGCUCUAGGAGGUUUAUAAUCAAGAAUAAUUUUCUGGAACCGUGAAAAGGAGCUCACUCCAUUGAUUAAGGUUUCAAGCAGAUUUAAGGAAUUUUCCUGUAACAUAAGUUAUCUUUGUUAGGCAUCUUGAUAAUUUUGUCAGAUGGCAAGAGGACCUUUAGAAUACAAGAUGGUCCGUAUUUUCAUGUAUAAGGAAUGAUGAAAAUAUCAUCUGUUUGAAAUGUACAGUUGUUACACCAACCCUUAGGCCCUGUUCGUUUCUAUCAAAUCCAUGGGGAUUGAGAGGGAUUGAAUCCCCUACAAGUCAAAAUCCCCUUCAAUCCACUCCAAUCCCCCUCAAUCCCUAUGGAUUAGGGAUGAAACGAACAAAGCCUUAUGUGGUAUCAUGGCCACUAAACAUCAUGAAGCAAGCCACUACGGGUACACACGAGCUGAACUGAACUGAGCAACAACUUCAGCAUCUUCCCUCCUAGCCAUUGCAUAUCACACUCACACACUGUCAGCAUGCAUCAUGAUUUAUGAGAUUCAGUGGUCCUUUAUUCCAACAGUUUUCCCCCUUGUCUUCUAUAUUUAUUUGAUACCAACUAAGUUGGUUUAGGUGUCACAAUAUUUGUUUAUUUCCAUUUUUGUUUCAUGCAGCAAGGGACACUCAAAUUCUGAUGUUGAAGCAGUUCUUAGAUGAGAAGGCGAAGAACAAGUAGAGAAAAUGAAUCAUUAGCAGAAUUAUGAUGGUCUAACUUGUUCAAAACUGCCAAAGUUUAGCUCCUAUGUACACCAAACCAGAAAUCCAUAUAGUUCUCACAUGUGUUACUUUUACCAAGUUAGUAUAAAAAACACCAAUAUUUAUGGUAGUUCAUGCCUGUGUUUGUGGUA